CUUGGCAAGCAGUUCGGGCUUAAAUACUAGGCAACUCGAGUAAAAAAAAAGCGUUUAAGGAUAGAAAAUUUUCAUUCAUGCUUGCUCAUUGUUAUAUUCGUAGUGUUUGUAAGAUUUAUGAAAGUGUUACAACAAUAAAGAAGCAUUAUUUUUACAAUUAUUGCACAUUUAAGACAAAAGCUGUAGCUGUAAUAUAAUUCAAAUAUUAACACUUUCCUUAUAAGAGAGAACUAGAUAUAUUAUGGCAGAAUUCGUUUACGUCGUGUUAUAAACUAAGAAGAUCGAAUGCUCGAGUUACGACUGACGGCUGCUUCGACGGCUUGCGUCGUCGUAAUCGCAGUACCACGUGGUGAUCAAAGAUCAAGUGGCGGGAGGAUAGACGGCAACAAAAGUGAGUUUACGUUUAUAAGUGUGUGAAGAAGAGAUAGAAAGUUUAAAAGAGAAAAAAAAGAGAAAAAAAGAAUUGUGAGAAAAGUGUCUGGGGGUGCUUGGUAGAGGUCGGUGUCAGCGCUGGGGCCCUUGGGGUCGUUCAGUAGGUACGGGCUUACAGAGGCUGGACCUAUUGAAGGAGCAGCAGUGACAGUGGUGGGGGUUAGCAUUACGGCUGCGGCUGGGGAGGUGGAGGGUUACGGGGCCCAAGGGCCCGGGGUUGCGGCCCCUGGGGGGGUCGCGCAAAGCGCCCCCCGGAUAAGGGUCGCGACUCUCGGGACUUCGUGCUGCGCUCCCCUGCCAGUGACACAAGCUCACAACAUAGGCAUAGGGAGGUGUGGUUUGGCGAUGCUCUUGUCAUGUGCAGGAUGCGACAAACCGAUUAUGGAUAAAUUUUUAUUUAACGUAUUGGAUCGAGCUUGGCAUGCAGAUUGCGUACGCUGUUGCGAUUGUAGGAAUCCCUUGCAAGAAAAAUGUUUCUCCAGGGAAGCCAAACUCUUUUGCAGAAAUGAUUUCUUUAAACGUUAUGGAACAAAAUGCGGUGGCUGCUCGCAAGGUAUUAAUCCAUCGGAUUUAGUACGAAAAGCGCGAGAUAAGGUUUUCCAUCUGAAUUGUUUCACCUGUUUGGUUUGUCGAAAGCAGAUGAGUACCGGCGAAGAACUUUAUGUAUUAGAUGACAACACCUUUAUAUGCAAGGAUGAUUAUCUUUCGGGGAAAACCUUGCCCAUUGGUCAUCAUAUACACGGACGUCAUGGCGGAGACUCCUUAAUGGGCUCGGGUUCCGAGGACGAAGACGAGGAAAGUAGUAAUAGCAUCAGCCAUCAGCAUUCUAGUAGUGUUGCUGUGUCACAUUUGGUGGCCCAUAAUAUAGGACAAGGUGGCCCAGCAGAUCAAAUUAUUGGAUCCGGAAGUGAUUUACCUCUUAGCAGUGAUCCAUGUAAGCAAGAAGACUCGGAAGAUCAAGGUUCACUAGAUGGUGACCCAGAAACAAGGGAUAGUCAGACCGAAAAUAAGAGUCCAGAUGGUGGUGCAGGCGGUGGUAGUGGUGACGGUGGUGCUGGCUCUAAGCGCCGUGGACCGCGUACAACUAUCAAGGCCAAGCAACUAGAAAUCUUAAAAACAGCGUUCUCACAAACGCCAAAGCCAACGAGACAUAUUCGCGAACAGCUCGCUAAAGAGACUGGUUUGCCCAUGCGAGUAAUACAGGUUUGGUUUCAGAAUAAGAGGAGCAAAGAACGUCGACUAAAGCAAUUGACUUCGAUGGGUAGAAACCCAUUUUUUGGAGGUUCGCGUAAAAUGCGUGGUUUUCCAUUAAAUAUAAACCAUGGUGGAUUGGGUGGCGAAGAUGGACCGCCGCCAGGUUUUCCUUACUUCGAUGAUAAAUUUGACUUUAGGUACGGAGCUCCAGUUGCUUUUCACCACGAAUUUUUUGGAGCGCAUCCGCCACCUCAUCCUCAUGGACCACCCUUCGGUGGUCCUGGCAAUCCUGGUCUUGAUCCAACGAGUAUAGCUGGUAUGGCUGCAGCGGCAGCGGUUGCAGGUGAAUAUCCUCCACCUGGUGCCGGUUCAGGACCACCCGAAUUUUUAACAGGGCCCCCUGGUCAAGGACCGUCUGUACCUUCAACCAAUAGUCCAGCUGAAUUUCUAGCACCUACAGGUGGAGGACAAGGUAACCCACCAGGAAACAACAAUGCUGGCGGUCCUGGGACUGGAGGUGGCACUAGCGGUUUUCCUGAAUCUCAUCAGAUACAACAAAGCGAGGGUCUUGUCUGGUAGGGCGAAUCUGAUUUGGAGUUUACCUAAAGUUUCAUUUGUUUUAUUUUAUGAACGCCUCAUGAUAAUGGCCUUCAUCCCCUCCACUAUGUACUAUUAUAUAAAUGAGCGCAAACUUACUUAAAUAUCCAGUACUCUAUUUUUUCCAUUUCUACCAAAAUCAUUUUUAGAAACAAAUAGAAAUCUAAAAAUCUGA